AACGCAAAUCUCAUUUAGUACGGUGCGUAAACCCCUCGUGAAUGGAAGCCUUUUCGAACUAAGGCGCUGGUCAAACGAUGUGAACGUGUCGCCUAUCACUCAGCAAACCAGUACAGCAAAGCACAACUAAGUUUCUUUAGGUGAAAAAAGAAACAAAUUUUACAAUAUUUAGUUGAAUAAAAGAUUGACAAAAAUGUUUUCCAGUUGCAUGAAAAUUAAGUGAAAAAGUGCGGGAAGCAAAAAAGACCUGAAAAGAAAGCAGAAUUUCAUACGAAAAGCUGAAUUUUUUUGCGCGUAGCCAUUUUGCAUUGGCGUUUACCCUUGUUGAGAAGGAAUAUUUUAUUAAAAGUAACAAUUUUGUGGUGGAAUUUCGAAUCCACUUAAAAAUGAAUAGUGCGUGAAAAGUUUAAUGUAAUUUGAGUAAAAAGUCCAUUAAAGAAUGCUUGUGCAAUUAUUUUUCUGAGGCACAUAUUUGAAAAAAGGAAGUUGGCCAAAAAAUACCAAUAGAAUAGUGAAGCAUGGAAAAAAGCCAUUAAUUUUCGAAAUAAAUAUCUUUCGGCAGUGAUGUGAAUACAUAUGAAAAUUUAUGUGCGGAAAUUUGCGGAGCAUUGAAUUUUUCUCAGCGUAACGAAUAGUGCAGCAUGCAACAUAAAAUAUAAGUGUAUGUGUGCGCGUAACAUAUCAUUAAUUACGUAAGAGUGUCAAUAAACGGUAAUAUAUCAAUAAAGAAUAUUAACAACCACAAAUAGAAGAAAAUAGUACAUACAUAUCCAUGUAAAUAAAUACGAUCCAUGAGAAAUCUAUUUAGGUUUUACUGGAUUUCUAAAGCUAAUAUGGCGAACAUGCGGAUGAGCCAAGUGUUGGCAUCUUAUUGGUAUCGAUAUUCUAGGAACUAUAGCAUUGCGAGCGGGAGUGCGUAGAAAAAUAAUCAGGGUUAUAACUCUUAAAGUGUUUAUUGAAUGUAAAUUGAGGGAAAAGAACUGCAUGCAGUACUCAAAAAACAUACCAAAUGCACCAGCCAUAGCGAUAACUAAAACAAAAACGGUAUUUAAAGCAUAUACACUCAACUGAAGCCGUUUAAUAUGCAAUGAAAAAAACUCACCUUGAAAAGAGCGUUGUAAAAUAGUACACAUAACUUAUAGCCGCACCAGUGCAACAAACACCAACCGCAGCGCCACCCGUUGUGCAACUAAAUUUCACGGUUCACUUGUUCACAUUUUUCGCCAGUUUGAAUGGUCGCGCCGAGCAUUACACACAUUUAGCAUUACGUAUACGCACCGGCGAGCUUCGCAUAACACAAGGACAGUGCGUGUGAAGUGACAAACGAAGCGAAAUAACAAAGCCAAUAAAAAAAAACAAUAAAACAAACAAAAAGCCAAUAAAAAGGUAACAAAGCAAACAAUAAAUAAAAAACAAAAGCCAACUAGGUAUAAUAUAACGGUGGACAAAAAACAAUAAUAAAAACAUUAUAAAACAAAAAUGCAAAGACAACCAUAAAUUGAAAGUAACAACAAACAACUGUGAAAGGGAAAACAAAUCAUCAACACUUACACGCUUGGUCUACAAAACAAUAAUGUACUCUAUGCAGACAAUACAACAAUAAAAGGCCGUAAAUAAAGCGUCAAAAGCAAUUUGCUAAAACGCAUAUCGCUUGCAUUUAAGCGCCAACUGAACACGAACAAAAAAAGGAACACAAUCCAACAGAAAAUUCUAUGUAUUGUGCAGCGUUCAAAUUUAAAUAACCAAAAAACAAGGCAACAGCCAGGCAAAUCAUACAGCUAGACGCCUACGAACCUUUACACACACGACACAACCACCACCUCACCAUGGAUCGCAAGCAUAUUGGCGCUUUGGCGCUGUGCUUGUUCGUUUUGUUAUUUAAACUAAAUGUAUUUGCUGUGGUCGCUGACCAAGAUGAGGAUAUACCACAUAAUGAGGUACGAAAUUGGGCGCUUAAAUUUGGUGUGGAUCUUUGGGAGUUCGGACGGCAAUUUACAAAAAUGAAUGAAAUAAAAAAUCGUUUUAAGGAGAAUGAUAUCGAAGUGAAACGAAAGGAUGGCAUCAUAUUGCUGCGCGAAUUGGCAGCCGAGGUUAAGAAUUUCAUGGAUUUCAAGCGCAAUGCUGUGAUGCGCAUCAUGGACUCCGCCGAGCAAGCUGCACUUUCCGAAUUGGACUCACAAAAUUCCCAUAGCACUUCAGCGACGACAAAUAAUCAGCACUACGACGCGCGACGCAUUAACGAAUAUAAUUCGGAUGGAAAAUUGGCAGACGGCGCACGCCACAUGGACAUACGCUUUAUGCGCCGAUUUGAACGUUUGCCUGUCAAUCUCAGUCUUAGUUCGAUUUUGGUGCCGAAUGGCGUCUCACUCGACGACGGUGAUGUCAAGGCGGCACUGCAGUGGAGCGCGCACCUGGACCCACUCUUUCAAAAUAAUCUCGAACGUGAUCCAGCUCUGUCGUGGCAGUAUUUUGGUUCAUCGACUGGCUUUCUACGUCGUUUCCCCGGCACCGCUUGGCCGCCAGAAGGCUCGAAAGGCAGCAAGCAGAUCCAUGAUUUUCGCACGCAAAAUUGGUUCGUGCAGGCAGCAUCUUCCCCCAAGGAUAUUAUGAUUUUACUUGACUCUUCGUCGAGCAUGUCGGAUAAGUCGUUCGAUCUUGCAACGGCUACUGCUUUCAAUAUACUUGAUACACUAGGCGAGGAUGAUUUUGUAAAUUUGAUCACAUUUGCGGAGGAAAUCAAAACGCCAGUGCCAUGUUUCAAGGAUCGUAUGGUGCGCGCCACCCCAGACAAUGUUCAAGAAAUAAAAUCAGCGGUAAAGGCUAUAAAGCUUCAGAAUACAGCUAAUUUUACGGCUGGACUAGAAUAUGCGUUCAGCCUAUUGCACAAAUACAACCAGUCGGGCGAAGGCAGUCAAUGUAAUCAAGCCAUUAUGCUCAUCACCGAGAGUACAUCUGAAACCCAUAGCGACAUAAUCAAGCAAUAUAAUUGGCCUCAUAUGCCCGUACGAAUUUUUACAUAUCUGAUCGGUUCCGAUUCGAGUAGUCGCAGCAACUUGCAUGAAAUGGCCUGCUCCAACAAAGGAUUCUUUGUGCAAAUCAAUGAUAUGGAGGAUGCUCGCAAGAAAGUUAUCGAUUAUGCACUAGUUAUGGCACGGCCCAUGAUUAUGUAUCAGGCCGAUCAUCCAGUACAUUGGAGUCCAGUUUUCGUCGCCGGCAAGACAGGUGGUUUGGCACGUGACUCCGACUACCAGCGACGGCUGGUGACGACAGUUUCAACUCCGGUCUUCGAUAGACGAAACCAUUCGGUGCGUGUGGCUAAUUUACUCGGUGUUGUAGGCACCGAUGUGCCCAUCGAGGAGAUACGAAAAAUGAUACCGCAACAUAAAUUGGGGCCGAAUGGAUAUUCGUUUAUCGUUGAUAACAAUGGACGUGUACUGUAUCAUCCAGAUUUGCGUCCUAUGAGUGAUGGUAAUCAAUAUAUUGAUCAGUUGCGGCCGCGGUACACGUCGGUCGACAUAACGGAGUUGGAACUGCCGGAAACCGAAGUGGGCAAUGAGCAUGAAAUUGUCGAAAUGAAUAAGAAUCUGCUGUAUGAUAUGCGCAAUGACAUGCUUAUGCCCAAAGAAGGUGAAACCGAAUUCACUGUAUUCAACCACUUUGAUGGUAUGAAACGUGUAACGGCGCGUACGCAAAGGUAUUUUUAUGGACCUAUUGAAGACACGCCAUUCACUUUAGCUGUUGUACUCCCUGAAAAAUAUGGAAGCCAUGAAUUAGUCUCCCAACAAGAAAUACGGCACUCCCGCCGAAAUGGUAAAGGAGUUCGAUAUCAUAAAAAUCGUGGCAAUAAUAUUCAUAUAUCUUCAUCUUUUCGCACAGUGACCGAAUACUUCAAAGGAGAUAAUUGGCGCGUACACCCCGAUUGGGUGUAUUGUGAGUACAACAGUGUUAGUGAUUUAGAGAAAGAGCGUGAAAGCUCGGGCGAAUAUCUGUCAGCCUCUCGGGAACAAGAAUUAAGUUUUGGCUCACCCGAAGAGCAGGUGUUACAUUUCUUGGGUCGUGCAGGUCGGCCAGGCUGGAAGUGGAUGUCGGUGCGCCCAAAACCACCGCAACCACACCACGCCAUGCAUGGUGCUACACCUGUCGGCCAUUUUGCCCAACAUCUAAAUAAUGUUCAAGGAUCUCGCAAAGCUGAACCAUACUUUUGCGAUCGAACCUUAGUACAGAGUUUGGUGCGUGAUGCUAUGGUAACCGAUGGUCUGGACCGAAAUUCAACUGUAACUUCAACUGGCAAAGAAGAUAAACAACAAGGUUAUCAAAAGUUUUUGGUUGCCACUUCUUUCGUUGCCACGCGUUCGGGUCUUCUACGUUGGAUUGAUCACAUGAAAAGACCAGAGGACUCGCCUGAUCCCCAUUUCAGUGAGGACAAUGCCCGCGCCAUGAGCACAUCCUGGUACAAACGUGCCGUAGAUCAGCAUACCGUCGAACAAGACAGUUUUGUCUAUAGUGUGCCCUUCGCUACUGGCUAUGCGACAAAAUUGAAUACAACACUUGUUACUGCUUCACACGCGAUAUUCCUUGAACAUCGUGGUCACAAAGCCAUAGCCGCCGUCGUUGGUUUACAAUUUCAAUUGGACUCUUUGGCAAAACAUUUUAUAAACAUAACCUCAACCUGUACCGGCAUGACAGGCUGUCGUCGCACUUGUGCCUCAGAUGAUCUCGACUGCUAUGUGCUGGACAAUAAUGGCUUUGUUAUUAUCUCCGAGCAAGGCGAUCAUUCAGGAAAAUUUUUUGGACAAAUCGAUGGCACUAUAAUGGAUUCAUUGGUACAGGAUCGCAUUUACAAACGUGUCACGGUUAAUGACUAUCAAGGAAUUUGUUCGGAUGCCGAUAAUCCUUAUACGGCGGCUAGUGCUUCAUUGCAGCCACACCGCGCUUCCACGUGGCUUAUGAAAUAUUUGAUAUCGAUGAGCGCCACUUGGUUGGCUAUGUUACCCGUACCGCUGCAUGCUUGGCCACAGGACGAUUACACAUACAAUGAAGAUGUAUUUGAAGAGCCUUCAUAUACCGACGAUUAUGAACCAUUUGAGGACUAUAAUUCACCAAUUGAUGAGGAAGUGGAUGAGUUUUUCACCACCGCCGAUGUGGAAUCCACGACACCUCCGCCUAAGCAACAUAAGCCACACACCGGACCACGCGCGUCGCCAGACCCACAACACGCGAGGCGCUGUGACCUGCGUACGGAUCUCUAUAUGCUGCAGCCAGAACGUCUAAAUCAAGGCGGUCAAAAUAAUCCUCUUAAGGGCAAGCUGACCAAUUGUCAUGUGUCAGGAUGCGAACGCCCCUUCAGCGUACAGAAAAUACCACACAGCAAUCUCAUUUUGCUAGUAGUGGAUACCUUAUGUCCUUGCGGCUCCAAGCAGCUGGAUAUAGAACCGCUUGAGGAGUCGGGUGCCUGCAGCGCACGUCGCCAGUCACAGGAGAGCGCAAAGCGUCGUCGACCCAAAAAAUGUAUCAACUAUCAUCCUGAAGAAAUCGAAAUUCAGCAAUGUGGGCGUGCCACGGCGCUUCUACAAACACCCAUUUCGCUCGUCAUGGCACAUCUGUUUAUGUUGGUGGUGAUGUUUACGUUCACAACCGCGUGAUACUAAGUGGAGUAAAAGUGAAAAGUAGCAGGUUACAGUUACAAAUAUGCAACACUAACAUUUGAACAACAAAAGGAUCCUACAUACAUAGAACGACAACAUGAAACAACGCAACAAUAACAAUAGUUAUAUGCCAACAAAAGAAUUACAUACAUACCUACAUGCAUUCAUACCAACAAACCCACUAAAGAUAAAAAACAAAUAACGUUUAUUAGUAUAUUUAAAAAAUAUCAAUUAUCACGUAAGUAUAUAGCUUAGUUCAAUUAAGUUACUAAUUAGGUGAAGUUGUGGAUUUAGUUUUUAUGGCAAGCGGAAGAAAAGUUUUGACGUUAAGUACUGCAAAUAUUGUAUGUAAUUUUUAUGGAUUAUUUUAGCGCAAUUCCGCGUAAGAUCCAAUUUACAAUAUAAUAAGUAUCUUAACUUGUUUAAAGAUUUUUCACAAAGAGUAUUUUCGGAUACCAGAAAAUAAUUUUAUAAUUCAAAAUCCUAAUCAAACUGAGCUGUCUUCCUUCUUUAUAAAAGUCAGCAUUUGCUUUUAUAAAAAACUUUCUGGUAGAAGCGCUCCUAUUUGGAGCAUUUAACAUAGAAGAACUUGCCACUUUCAAGAUUUUCAAAUUAUUAAAAUCUUCUUCGUAGUGGCUGUUGUCCAUGUGAUUUCAAUCACUUGGAUUUGCCUAACUAUAUGAGUACUCUUUUUCGAAGCACCUCCAAAAUCGCUUUAAAAUAAAUAAGAUCAGCCGCCAAGUCCCCUUUUUUUUAGAUUUUUAGUAAAAUCUUUAUUAAUAUCCACCCUUUUCCUAUCGGAUGGAUGGUGGGAUCUAUGAAGAAGAUUUACUCUUCAUAAUUCUAAGCUUUGCACACGCUAGAGCGGCAUUUUCUGUUCGCAGUUUUCUUGCAGCAUUCUUCAGAAAACAUUCAUAUUCUUUUGUCCCCACAUUUAGUCAUCGGGAGUCCGAUCUAACCGCAUCAGCGUAAGCUCUUAAUUCAGCAAGACCUUUUUUAAUUUGUUUGAGUUUCUCAUUGACUACCAGCGACCAGAGUAAUGACGACACCGCGCUCUCUUGAAGAAUGUCUCUACUGACCGGUUUAGUGGUCUCAUGCCCACCCCAUUGAGACCUGGAAGUUUUCCAACUCAGUACGCUGCUUAUCCAGUUUGAAAAUACACGGUGUGCCACUAUCGUUAAUACUCCAUCGAAAAUAGCUCGUUUUUGACAUUAUUGUAUACACUCUAAAAAAAAAUUUUGUAGAUUUCCUAGCUAAAAGGUAGGUUACUGAUUUCCUACCUUACUA